AUGUGCAGGCACGAGCCCUUUCGCAACGUGUGCGUGCCGCUGGUGCAGAUGCUGUAUAGGUACAAAAUGAAGCUGUGCACGAACCUCCUCGGCGAACCCGCCAAGCACGUCCGCCCGCUUUCCGGAGCACGGCCCUUUCUCGAGACAACGCCCGCUCAACCUGCUCGAUGCUACGCCUGCUCUCUGCCUCGCACACUCCCCACUCACCUGUUCGACCAGCUCGACCAGCUCGACGCUACGCCUUCUCUCCCGCUCUCCCGUCAAACUGCGCUCGAACUCGUGCAUGUCUCACCGGCGCCACGCACCCACAUUUGGCAGGAUCUACACGCACGCGCACCCUGGCCUGUAGCCAACGCUCGCCCGUUCUCACGCCCGCCCGUGCACAUCCCUUCGACAUCACGCCCGUCCCCUUGGCCCAUCAAACGCAUCCACUCGGCCUCCAUGACCCCUUCGACCGAUUCUGCCUCGGUGCCGUUCCUUCACGCGCCCCCGCCCCGCCACACUUGCGCUCUGCGCCUGCGCUUGAACGCGUCGAGAAGGAGCGAGGAGCAGCUGCUGGCGGGGAGGUACAUACCUUCCGCCCUCGUCCUGUCCGCCCUCGCCACCACUCCCACUCUCCUGCUUCCCCCUCCCAACCCAUUCGACACCACUCCCACUCUGCCUGUUCGGCCAUCUUAA